UCCUGGGCGCUUCCUGGGGUACGAGACCCACCCAGCGGGAGGAGGCGGCCCGAGGUGUGAACCGCCCGGCCUCCGCGCCGAGCCAGCCCCUGCGUUCUGCCCGGCCCCUGACACGGGCUUCGCGAUUGGCUGAGAGAGCGGCACGGCUGAGAGAGGGUCCUUCUCAUUGGCCAGAAGUAUGGGCCAGGGUACAAAUAGGUGGUACGGGGACCUCGUGGUGGUGGUGUUUUGUGCUCGUAGCGUUUGGGGGCGUUGUUCUGUUGGUGAUGUGGCGCUGCAAGAGCGGAGUCGAGCUGGCUGCUCUCAGCCCUUCGCCAUUCUGGGAACUACUAGCCUUCGUGGGGCGAGAACCCGGCAUGGAGUGGCUGCUGCGUAGUUCUAGUGACUGCACUGGACUGUUGGGUUCAAGCAGGCAGGAGCCUGCCAGUGGGGAUAGAGUGGAUGAACUCAGCCGUGUUUCUGAGAAGCAUCCCUUGGGUCCUUGGCCCCUGAAGACGCUUAUGUUACUAGAGGACUCAGGAAGUAACCACCAAUGGCAGCUCUACUGUGAGGGCCUGAAGAAUUUUCUUGCCUUUAGAGAAGGCAUGGCACUGCCUGCAGUUUGGCCAGUUCCAGUGGGACAAGUGAAAGAGUUCUUGGUCUUCAUGGAGUCCCAGGAUCUGCUUCCCACAAAAAUGAUAACGUACAUCGAAGGAUUAUCCUUCAUCUCCAAAAUGGUAGAUCAUCCUGAUCCUCUUCAAGACCCUGCUGUCUGUCACAUGAUAUCAAGAUUGAAAUAUAGGACUGCCCCUUCAAAGGAUGGAUACUCUCCUGUAACAAUUGAAGUGUUAAGAUCUCUAUUGGGAACUCUGGAAUCUGUGUGUAGUUCUCCUUAUGAGUGUAUAUUGUUUCAUGCCUUAUUUACUGUAGCUUUUUGGGGGGCACUAUGUACAGAAGAAAUAGUGGCAAAUCACAGAAAUGUAGUGCAGCCAAAGCUCUUGUACUUGAGUGAUCUCCAGCUGACUGGCUGGAGUGCAAACCUUCACUUGCAUACAUCUCAUAUAGGUCAAGAAAGAUCUUUGGUCCAACUGAGACUUUCAAGGGAGAUGUGGGUAUGUCCUAUUGAAGCUCUUCAUGUCUAUGUGGCAGCAAGGCCGCAAGGAGAGGGUCCACUCUUUGUGCAUUUGGAUAGUAAGCCUGUGACAAAGAGGGAGUUCCUAAAUGUCUUCCGACGUGCUCUUGGCCUUGCUGGACAUCCUCCAAAUCAGUAUGGUGUGUAUUCCUUCUGGCUGGGGGCUCUUGUAACAGCAUGGUCUUCGUGUGUAUUCUGAUAAAGCCAUUGACAGAAUAGCAAGGUGGUGAUGAGUUGGUUGGAAGAGGACAUAAUUAUAGCUAUCUGUUGGACUUCUGUGGUUAUACUUAUCUUCUGCAAUGCAGAGAUAUUUUCAAAUGAAUAUAGUUUCAGUACCCUGCUAAGUUGUAGAAAAGAAGGAGUAACUACUACUUUUCUCACCCAAGAUGGCUUUGAGACUGUCUUGGUUUUAAAACGACUGUGACUUGUGGGUCUGUUGGUAUGUAUGCAUACAGCAUAUUUGUGCUGGCUGUAUUUUAACCUUAUGUGAUUUUUUUUUUAUUAUUAUUA